AUGGCUUCACCUGGGUCUCUCUAUUCUGGAUCUCCGGAAAGCAAAAGUACUCUUGACACUCCCGAAACUGGGCCUUAUGACGGAUACUUCAAUCUUAACACGCCAUCACACCUCCGUCUUUCCCCCGGUGAUGACUUUUAUGCUGAGUGGAAAGCACUCCCUUCACGGCUACUUGAAUCUCCAUCACCUAUCCCACCUAGUAUACAGUUUCACGCACACAAAUCGUCCCAUGGAAAGGCGACUCAACAUAACCUACCUAGAGACUGUACGUUUGAUCUUGUUGCAACUCAAGGAAUACAACAUUGUUCAAACGAGAAUAGUGUCGAAUGCUUCACCGCGGUCACGGAUAAAUCCUCUCCAAACUCUGAAAUAUCCCGCUACUAUCUCGAAAAUACCGACUCAGAGAGUCAAUUACACUCUUCCCAAGUACUAAGCGAUAUGUGCCUCACUUCCAACAAAUACCAAUCAGAUUGGAGUAUGGAUCAAAAUGAGCUAUCAGCUGCGUCCACCCGUCACCUCAAAAUCUGUAAUAUUGCUCCGGCAACCUCCCUCGUCAUUCUUUAUGAAACUUUACAGGAAUUUGGAGAUAUUCAAGAGUUUUACACCCAGAAACUUCAUCCCGACGGAUUUUGUGUGGUUUCCUACUUCGAUAUCCGCGACUCGAUGACUGCUUACCGCAAACUUCAAGCCGAACACCCUCUAUCAAUACAGUUUUGCCCCAGUGGAUAUGUCACUAUGAAGCUUGUAAUUGGCAGUAACCUCUCAGGACGAGGGGUCGACAACCAGUCAGAUAUUAUGUGUAUAGUUACCUCUGGUGGUUGCUCGAGUUAUGUCCGCCGCAUCUUGUACUAUGUUCUAUCCGACUUUGGCUCCAUCUCCAAGUUUACGGCACUUGAAAAUAGUAGUCCCCCGGCGUUCUUGGUCACCUUUUUCGACACGCAUGAUGCAUUUGACAUUAUUGAUACUCUCGACGGGCAAUAUGUCGAGGGUUUCCGACUUAAAUUGAGUUUUUACGACCCCGAUAUUCUCGCCUGGAACCCUGGAUUCAGCGCACUUCGUACUCGAACGGAUGAAAAUGGUCGCGUGCAUAUUGUAUCUUCGCAGGAUACAGAUGUUGGAGUAUAUAGUCCUCAGCCUAGUCACCCGUCUAUUGAUUUCACUUGUCGACGUGACUCUAGCAGUUCUGUCGAUAGCAGGUAUGGUGCGGAUCGAGAAGGCGAGAAAUAUCUCGAAGCGGUAUAUUCUGGUGGUUAUGUCACUCCCAAGAGAUCCGGGCUUAGUCCACUUAAUUUGAAACCAAGUUACAGGCGCACUCCAGAUAACUUCCGGACUGAUAGUGGUCAAUUUCAAGAUUCGUUUUCAUAUCUUCCAUCCAACAAAUCCCAUUUACCAGACAUCAAAAUAAAGGAUCCCACAGUACCAGCUUCUCCUACAUGUCCAUACCCACUCUUCGGCAAUGAAAUGUCACCAAAGUCAAACGAAAGGUUGCAUGGUCAAGUUCAAGUUCCGGGGAAGAAUGUAAUUGAUUUGGAGCGUAUUGCGCGCGGUCUUGAUACCAGAACUACGGUCAUGCUGAGGAACAUCCCAAAUAAAGUUGACCAGCAAACACUGAAAGACUAUGUCGACACGACCAGUAAGGGCCUAUACAAUUUCUUAUAUCUGAGAAUUGAUUUUAGAAACAUCUGCAAUGUCGGCUAUGCCUUUAUCAACUUUAUUGACUCAAUGACUAAGCCACUUGAUAUUAUUGAUUUUGUGAAAGCGAAAUCUGGCACCAGAUGGAAUAAAUUCAACUCGGAGAAGGUUCUUGAUGUUACGUACGCGAAUAUUCAAGGGAUCGAUCAACUUGUUGAAAAGUUCCGUAAUAGUUCAGUUAUGGAUCAAGAUCCUUCGUACAGACCCAAGCUAUUUCACUCUUCGGGCCCGCUCACAGGUACUGAAAAGGAGUUUCCUCCAGCGAACAAUAUUUUGAAAAAAUGCCGUAGCAUCUCGGCAGCUCAGCAGAUUGGUCUUUUUGCACCAAAGAUGUCCACCAAUGGUAAAGGCAUUUGGCGGAAGCGAGACUAG